AUGUCUUUCAUCGAUGAGGCCAUCAACCACCCGGUCCCCAUAUUAUCCUCAUUCGAGCCGCACAAUUCGUCACACAAAGAGCAGUUCCUGACUGCGGUGGAUAACGAGAAGGGAAAGAAUGCCGACGAACUGCCAUUGGAAAAUGCCGAUGCUAGCGAAGAUAGCGAUCCGGACGUCAUUCUCGUGGACUUUGAUGAGGAUGACCCGGAAAACCCGUUGAAUUGGUCGCCAGUGCACAAAUGGCUGAUUGUGAUUGUUGUUUCAUGGAUGGGUUUUGUUAGUGUCUUCUCAACAAUGACAAUCGUACCUACGGCACCCGAAAUCCUCGAUGAAUUCCAUUCACACAGUAAGGUCGACCAGACCCUCCUGGUCACGAUCUGGGAACUCGGUGAAGGAAUUGGCCCAUUCUUUAUCGCGCCGCUAUCCGAAAGAUUCGGUCGACUUCCUGUCUUCCAUAUAGGGAAUUUCCUCGCGCUGCUCUGCUUAGUUGCUAGCGCGCUCAGCACCAACAUUUCCAUGCUCAUCGCCUUCCGGUUCCUUACGGGAUGCUUUCUAUCAAUUCUCACCCUUGGCCCGGCUAUUGUCGGGGACCUGUUCAAGAUGGAACAAACUGGCCGCUCCAUGGCAGUAGUCAUGGGCACUCAGAUGAUUGCAGAUUUCAUCUCACCUAUCGCGGGCGCGUAUAUCGCCGAGGACCUGGGUUGGCGAUGGUCCAUUUGGCUGGCGGCUAUCGUGCUGGGAUUCUUUAGCUUGCUUUUACUCUUUGUGCUGAGAGAAACGUACACGGUUGUUUUGCUGAGGAGAAAGGCGCAGCGGUUACAGAGUGAGCAUGCGGGCGCAGACAACAACAACAACAUCAACCUGAAGUACCAGUCUAAACAUCAAGCCCGGAUCGAUGCAUCUACUAUGCUUGAAAGCGCUAUCAAGCCCAUGCAAAUCCUCUUCCGAUCUCCCAUCCUUAUCAUGACAACGACAUACAUGGCCACAACCUACGCCCUGGUGUCCUUAAUCAUGGCCACUAUCACAGAAUCCAUGGAAUCGACCUACCCCAGCACCUUCACCAGCGGCUCCAUCGGGCUCACAUUCCUCAGUCUCGCCAUCGGCAACACCGUUGCUUUGAUCUUCUACAGCUUCACCUCCGACCGCUACGUCAUCCGUCAGAAAGAAACAAAAGGCGACGCAUUCAAGCCUGAGUCGCGACUAGUACAUCUGCUUCUUGCUGCUGUUAUCCUCCCUGUGGGAUUCAUCAUCUACGGAUGGACGUUGAAUUAUCAUGUCCAGUUUAUCGUGCCGCUUAUUGGAGCGUGUCUGGCCGGUUUCAGCAUGACGCUUUCUGCCAUUCCGGCUGAGACAUAUGUCGUGGAUACGUAUGAGAUCCAUGGUGCUUCUGCCAUUGCUGCUGGGGUUAUAUUUAGAGCUAUCGCAGGAGCAUUCUUGCCCUUGAUCGGCCCGGCUUUGUAUGAUAGUAUUGGUCAGGGGUGGGGGAAUACAGUGCUGGCUUUUAUUGCGGCGGCUUUUAUUCCGCCGUUGGGGGCCUUGAUGGUCUAUGGGGAUUGGUUUAGAAGUAAGGAGCGGUUUGGGAGGGAGGGUCGGUAA